GUUGAUUUUAUUCUCUCCAGAAAUUGUUUGGUGUCAAUACGAGUACCCAUCGACUGCACUGGUUGUGUUCAUCUUCCUCUGGCGUCCUGAAGAACUGUGACCAUGUAUGGCUUUGUAAACCAAGCUUUGCAAGAUUUGGUAUUGCGAGAGAGCAGCUUCGGAACUUGGGAAGAAAUAUUGAAGAAAGCAAAUAUCGAUUUAGGAGAAACAGGAGAAUUCAAUCAACGGCGAAUAUAUGAUGAUCAAAAUACAUUUGACCUGUUAAGAGUCGCUUCGGAAGUUCUCGGGUUAUCGCACAAUGUGAUCUUGGAGAAAUUUGGGGAAAUAUUCUUCGAGUACUGCCAAAACUCUGGCUAUGAAAAAAUGUUGGACAGUCUUGGAAGCAACCUCAAGGACUUUUUCAACAGUCUGGAUGCUCUGCAUGAGCAUCUGUUGUAUAUUUUCCCUGGUAUGCGGGCACCUUCAUUUCACGCCAAAGAUAAUCCUGAUGGCAAUGGGUUAGAAAUCCUUUAUUAUUCUGAAAGGUCAGGGCUUGAGUAUAUGGUUGUGGGUGUUGUGAAAGCAGUGGCAAGAGAGGUUUACAACACCAAGGUGAACAUUGAGGUAGCUGUGCCUACAAACCAGGAGAAGACUUGGUCAAAGAUUAUUGUUACACCUGAGAACUAUGAAGAUAUGAUACAUCUGAAACAACAUGACGAGCAGAUUCAAAAGAUUGAACAGAAGUUGGAGCUUGUUACAUUGGGGUCUCGCAUCAGUAGCCAGACUUUCUGCCAAGCAUGUCCCUUUCACAUUCUCUUUGACAAUGAAAUGGUUAUUUACCAAGCUGGAAUUUCGUUGCUGCGAGUUUUACCCUCUAUUAAAGUUGGUGAAACUAAAGUGGGUGAAAUGUUUGAAUGUAUUCGUCCACACAUUUCGCUGACAUUUGAUAAUAUUUUGCAAUUUAUCAAUAAGGUGUAUGUUGUUAAAACAAAAGAAGGACUUCUAGACUCUGCUACCUUGACAACAGUUUCUGAAGAUGAUGUGGGUACCUUGGAUUUUCCUACAAUGAGAUUUCGUGGUCAAAUGAUGUACCUUCCCGAAUGUGAUAGCAUUAUGUUCCUAUGUUCUCCAAGUGUUCUCAAUUUGGAUGGUCUCAAUGAAAUUGGUUUGUACCUCAGUGACAUUCCAAUUCAUGAUGCCACAAGGGAUCUCAUUCUACUCUCUGAACAGCAUAAUGCAGAAUCACGUCUGUCUCAGCGACUUGAGAUACUGACUGACAAGCUUCAGCAGACCUCACGUGAACUGCAGCAGGAGCAGCAGCUCACUGAUAGACUCCUCUACAGCAUCUUACCGUCAUCAGUUGCAAAUGACCUCAGACUGAAGCGACCAGUGAUGGCCAAAAAAUAUGAGAUUGUGACAAUUAUGUUCAGUGGUAUUGUGGAUUUUACAAAUUAUUGUAAUCAGAGCAGCGAACCUAUGGAAAUCGUGGAACUUUUGAAUGACACAUAUAUCAGAUUUGAUGCUCUGGCAGACAAGAACAAUGAAGUUUUUAAGGUUGAGACAGUUGGAGACAAAUACAUGGCUGUGAGUGGCUUACCAACAAAGUGCACAAAUCACACUGCAAACAUUGCAAAUCUUGCUCUUGACAUGAUCGACAUUGUUCAGGAAGUGAAUGCACAAGGGAGAAAGAUGCAGAUCACAGUUGGCAUUCAUUCUGGAGAGGUUGUUGCUGGCGUUGUUGGACAGAAGAAACCCCGUUACUGCCUAUUUGGAAACACUGUCAACCUGACAAGUCGUACAGAAACUACUGGACUGCGAGGAAAGAUAAAUGUGACAGAAUAUGCCUACAGGUCACUGCUGUGCCAGCCACAUGAUCACUUUGUGUUCAAAAAGCGAGGACCUGUUACUAUGAAGGGAAAACCAGAACCAAUGAUAACAUACAUCUUACAGAGGAAGGAACACAGGGACGUGCUUAGGACAGUGACAUGCUCAGGGUUGUAGCUACGAAAUUAUGCCGGUGGCUGAAAUUUCAAGUGAUGCAGUUCAAAGAUAGUGUUAAGUAUCAAACAACUGUAGGUGCGCAAUGUCAGAAGUACCUGUUGUGCUCUGCCUAGUGAUUGCUAGCCAAUUGUGCUGGCAGCAGGUGCUUGGGGGGACAACCCUGAAUAUUAGCAUUGUAAAAUCAUGUACGUAGAAAGAAAAUUUCCAAUUUAUUACAUUUAGUCAUAAUUUAGAUAAUCAAAAUAAUCAUGAAGGUGGGUGGCAAUGUAGACAAGAGGAAAAGGCUCAGUUAUUGCAUUCAGCUUUUUAGUCUUAAUUUUGUUUUGUUGUUCCUUUGUUUGUUUUUAAUUGUGAGCACUAAACUUAGAAUUAAGAUAGCAAACAGUCUACUUUAUCAAAAUACUAGUCAAGUAAGGAAGAAAGGUCAUUUCUGAUAGUGGGGGAUAUGUUGGACAAAUGGUUUAGCUGGACUUUGAGCCAGAAAUUCAGGUUUAAUCCCUGGCAAGAUCUGUGGCAUGUUCUUGUGCUUGAUACUUUACAGUACCUCUUUUUACUUAGAGAUGUAAAUUAGUUCUGGUGAACUGUCAGGGAAAGGUGAUGAA